AUGGAGAAUAGGUCAUUUGACGAGGCGGGUCCAACACCCCAAGCCCCCCUGUUGCAUGUCCAUGCACCACAUGUUGCAUCCGCCACAAAGCCUAUCAGUUCUCAUGUUAUCUUCUCCGAAGGCUUCGUUGGCGUGCAGGGUGGCCCCGGUACAGCGCUGCCAUCCUCUUUGAUAAAUGAUGAGUUGUCAGCGGUCCGGUCGCAUGGCGUUGCAUCCACCGAUGAAACGAGUGCUGCUCGCCAGUCAUCGAUCCAGCGGAAGAAAUGUCGCUUUUUCAAAACCAAAAAGGGAUGCCGAAUUGGAGCAGCAUGUCCGUAUUUACAUGAUAUCUCGGCCAUUGAGACACCAGCCAAUUCCUCGGGAAAUGAAAGCCAGACCUCGGCACAAGAUAUUGUCACUAGGGUCGAGAAACUGAACGUUGGGAACCAGUCGAAGCAGGCCUCUGCCGCAGCUGCUGUCCAGCCCCAAAGACCGGUUUCGAAACUGGAGCAGUCAGAUCCAAGAGAGUUUCAGAUCAACCAAUUGAGGCGGCGUUACCGUCCACAGGAAGUCAAUGAUACUCAAGGUUCUACUUUAACCUUCGGCUUGGUACCUUCUGAUCCGGACUUCCCAUUUGAGCUUGAAAGACUCCAAUGUGUGCUUCAUGUCCCAAGCUCAUACCCGAAAGGGCGGCCCACGCUUGCAGUGACCAAUUCUGAAAUGGAAGCGGCGUAUCAAGCAAAUGUCGUCAGAGGUUUCAAUGAUAUUGUUGAUUUUACAUACCGCACCAAUGGCCGAGGAACUCUUUUGGGUUGGCUGAACAGUCUGGACAAAAAGCUUGAAUCACUGCUAACCACACUGGAGCGGGGGCCGACACUGAAGUUUUUCGCUAACGUUGGUGAUGGAUCUACGACCAAAGAACCUACUAAGGCCCCGGAGAAGACUUUAACCCAGCCAGACUCGUCUCAAGGUCAUGGUAGAACGCCGAGUGCUGCUGCUAAACCAACACCACAGCCACGAACUGUAGUACCUAAACACACAGCCGAAGCAAAAGCUACAGCCGAGAAGAGAAGAGCAACCGAGACAAAACAGCUCGAGGCGCGCCUUGGAAGACUGCCGAUGUAUCAAAAACUGCAAGAUGGCAGGACAUACGUUAUUCCACUCCAGCCAACUAAAAAGGACCGCCUGCCACGAACACUUCAAGCGCUCAAGACCGUGAAAUUGAUCGUGCCACAACUCUACCCACUCGAACACAGCUCGAUCAAGUUGCAAGGAGUCGAAGGCCCCGAAGUGAAAGCCACAGAAGUGGGAUUUACUCAGUGGGUAGAACAGACUUCGCAGCUGAGUCUGGUAUCUCAGAUCAAUUAUCUAGCGAGCAAUAUCCAUAAGUUUGCUGAAACACCCUUACCAAAAGAGCAGGGGCCCGUGGAUGAUAUACCUCUGACUGUUGAAGAGGACGAGGAUGAGGUUGUGGAAGAGCCUACAAAAGCACCUGCCGUGCCCUUAACCCAAGAUAAUGAAGACAAGCCACAUCUUGUUGUCAUUCCACGGCCACCCGAAUGGUCGGUUCCUAAUCCCAACAGUGGCGCCGACGGGACAUCGGGCGAGUCGAGUUACGAGGAAGACGAGUAUUCAGAUGAAGAGGAAGACGAAGAAGGUGGUGCACCCGUUCCCGCAUCAGUGGACAACAACGCGCCCGGACGAGGCAUCGCACUUUCCUUCCCAUUCUUAGAGCUCUACGGAAUUGAGCUUCUGGAACUCACGAGCCUCAAUAUUACAAUCAAAUGUGACAGAUGUAAGGUGGCGGUCGACAUCAAGAACGUGCCACAAAUUACCGAUGAGAAGGGCCAGAUGCCAAAAAUGGAGUCGUGCAGGAAAUGCGCUAAUAAUAUGAGCGUUGCAUUCCGGAGGCAGUUGAUGCAUUCUCAUGCCAAUCGUGCUGGCUACCUUGACUUGGGCGGCUGUACGAUUGGGGACAUGCUCCUUAGCGACUUCAUCCCAACUUGCUCCGAGUGCUCGACCCCCCAUCCGGCACCGGGUAUACCUGCAGUUCGCGGCGAGAGUGCCAUGGGUACAUGUCGCGAGUGUCAUCGCAAAAUGGUUUUCAAGAUCCCGGAGGUAAAAUUCCUUCUGGUAGGGAAUGCAGCAGUCACCUCUCGUGGAGCCCUCCCUCCCAAGAGAAAGCCCCAGGAAGUCCUCGGUAUUGUCGCAGGACAAGAACUUCCGCGUCGCGGUCGUUGCCAGCACUACGCCAAGAGUCAACGCUGGUUUAGAUUCAGCUGCUGCUCAAAGGUUUUCCCUUGUGACAAAUGCCACGAUGCGGAAACCGACCACCCGAACGAACACGCAAAUCGUAUGAUAUGUGGCUACUGCUCCCGCGAGCAAAUCUACAGGCCUGAGAACUGCGGUAUUUGCAAAGCAGUCUUGAUUGGAAAGGCAGGUAGUGGGUUCUGGGAGGGCGGAAAAGGAACGAGAAAUCGGACUCUAAUGAGUCGGAAAGAUCCGAGGAAAUUCAAGCGGAUUGGAGCCAAUGCUCCCACUUCGAGUUCAUCGAAGCGGAAGUAA